AUGUACUCUAAAAAGCAUGGCCGUCAGUAUGAUAUUAUCGUGCUUGGAGCAACAGGGUAUUCCGGCCACAUGACAGCGGAACACAUUACGAUCAAUCUUCCAUCAAGUCUGAAAUGGGCUGUUGCUGGUCGUUCAGCAGACAAGCUCAAACAGCUCGUCUCUCGAUGCAAGGAUCUUAAUCCACAUCGGAUCCAACCAGCAAUUGAAAUAUGCAACCUCAAUAACGAAGAGAUCUCUGUACUAGCGAACAAGACAUUCUGUCUAAUUACCACAGUCGGCCCCUACGCGCUCCACGGAGAAUGUGCAUUCAAAGCCUGCGCUGAAGCCGGCACACACUACAUCGAUUGUACACCCGAAGUUCCAUGGACGUUAGAAAUGAUCAAGAAGUAUGAAGCUACAGCCAAGGCAUCUGGUGCUUGGAUGAUACCCCAGUGCGCCAUGGAAUCUGCGCCGUCGGACAUACUCACCUGGGCAGUUGCUGAGGAGGUCAAGUCCAAAUUUUCGUCCCAGGUGGGAGAUGUCGUGAUGGAUCUUCAUCAGUUGACUUCUGUUCCAUCCGGCGGAACACUAGCUACCAUCUUGAACCUCUUCAGCCAAUACCCCCUCAAGACCCUCCUCCAGUCGAUUGAACCAUAUGCCCUAUCACCCGAACCGAACAAUCAUCCACUCCCCAAAAGAUCUUUUUGGUCCUCACUCACUGGAGUAUACAAAGUACCAGGCCUCCCUCUCCUAUCAACCAGCAUAUCCGGCAAAGCCAACGAAGCCAUAGUCUUCCGUACCUGGGGCUUACUUAAGCAAGAUCCCAACCUACAAAAGGAGUUUUAUGGGCCUAAGUUCACAUACAGGGAAUUCAUGUAUGCGCCUGGCUUUGUGCGGGGUAUGUUGAUGCAUUAUUUUAUUGUGAUAGGUGGGUAUCUCCUGCUGUUGGCACCCGUUCGGACGUUGGUGAGACGAUUCGUUUUCAAACCGGGUGAUGGACCGGAUACCAAAAAAGCCAAGGACGAAGUUAUUGAGUUACAAGCUGUUGGGAAACCUGUUCCUACAACCGAAGAAAACAAGCAGGUUCUGGGGAAGCUUAGAUAUCAUGGGAGUAUGUACUAUUUGACGGCUACUUUCCUCGCAGAAGCAGCAGCUACAAUGUUGGAAGAGGAUGAGUCUGUCAGAUUGACUGGAGGGAUCUAUACGCCUGCAUGUCUUGGAGAGAGGAGAAAAAUCAACAAUAUGGCCCGCGCCAUCUCUCCACCGCAACCGAUACAUUCAGACCAACAACCCUCAUCUUCCGACACCGACACCUACACAAUCGACAUAAUCAACUUGAAUAAUCUACUCGCCCGCCUGGAGCAAAACAUAUUUCUAUCUUCUUCAGCAGGACGUCAGCUUUCACAGCAAUCACAUCUUGAAUGCGUGCGAAUAGGCGCUAACAUUGACUAUGCGCAAACCCUUAUCAAGAAAAUUGAGCGUUCAUUACCAGCAGUUAAAGCGCCCGCGAUACGGCAUGAACGAACAACCGAUCUCACGAAGAAGAGAGGAAGAUACGAAAAAGUCAAGGAGAGAUUUGACUGGAUCAAAGAAGAUGUUGAAAGGAGUGCAGACAGAGAGGAGGAAGAUGUACAAGAAGCUGACGAGGAAGAUGAUAUAUGGGAGGGAUUAGCGCCGGUUGAAAACGGCGCAGCAGCAGCAGCGGAGCUCGAGUCGAAUAAUCUCAUAUUAUCGGAAGAAACAACAACAAUACGACAACGACGUUCCGAUAAGACCUCUAUUGCUCCUGCAACUACAUCAAUAGCCGCGGCCAUGGCCAGCGGAACAUCAAGCUCGACAUUCCUAGCUCCGAAACCCACACCAGCAACAACAGCACCACCAAUCGACACCAAAGAAACAGCCCUCGCCACCCACCGCAGCGAACAAGAAUCCCUAACUACCAGCCUUCUAACAUUAGCUAGCCAACUCAAAUCCUCUUCCGAAGCAUUCCAGACGUCCCUGGAGAACGAAAAGGGGAUCCUCAACAGAGCCGUUGAGGGGCUGGAUAAGAAUAUGACUGGAAUGGAAGCAGCGGGGAAGAGGAUGGGGGUGUUGAGACGGAUGACAGAGGGAAGAGGAUGGUGGGGGAGGAUGAUGAUGUAUGCUUGGAUAUUUGGGCUGUGGAUUGUGGCGUUAGCCAUUGUGUAUCUGGGGCCUAAGUUGAGGUUUUAG